AUGGCUCAUCAAAUUAAUCCUCAUCAACAAAAAUUAGCUGAAAAAUUGACCAUAUUGAAUGAUCGUGGAAUUGGGAUGUUGACAAGAAUAUUUAACAUAAAAAAAGCAUGCGCUGAAACAAAAUCUAAGCCAUCAUUUUUACUUGAUAAAAGUCUUGAAUCUGUUCUUCGACAAAUACAAAAAAGAUUUCCGGCACUCGAUAAAAGUCAAUUUCAAACGUUAGCAUCAAUUAAAACGGAAAUAAUUAAAUCACUGGCAAUUUAUUACUUUACAUUUGUUGAUUUACUAGAAUUUCGUGAUCAUGUGACAGAUUUGUUAACAACAAUUGACGCUUGUCAAGUUCAUUUUGAUAUUGCUCUGAAUUAUGAUUUAACAAAAGCCUAUUUAGAAUUAAUAUCUACAUAUAUUUCAUUAAUGAUUCUAUUAUCACGUGUUGAUGAUCGAAAAAUUGUACUGGGCUUAUAUAAUGUCGCCACCGAUUUAACACAUGGUCAUGGUGAUUCGAGUUUUCCUCGAUUAGGUCAAUUAAUUAUUGAUUAUGAUCAACCAUUGAAAAAAUUACACGAUGAAUUUGUUCCUCAUAGUCGUUCGAUAGGUGAAGCUGUUCAGUCAUUAACACCAAUAUAUGAGCGUCGUACGUGUAAAGUAUCUGAAUGGCGUUCAAAAACAUUACUUAGUCUCAUAUCAUCAUCAACAUCUUCUCAUUUAAUGGAUACAUCUGAAACAUUACCGUGCGAUUAUCUUUCACAAGAUUUAAUGGAACGAUGGAUUAUUUAUUCGAUGAUUAUUUGUCCACAACAAUUAAUAACAAAUGGAAAAUGUUAUCAACUAUUUGAGAAAGCAUUAUCAAGCGGAUUUGUUCAUGUUUUAUAUCGUGAUGAAUUAUUAAUGACACAUCAAUAUUUGAAUAAUAAUUUAGACAUAUACAAACAAUACAGACAAUUACGGUUAGCAGAAUUAUUAAAUGAUACAUUUAAAAAAGCGAUUAAUGAACAACCAUUAUAUAGACGAGAAAGAAGAAAAUACAUCAGACCACAAUUAAAAGAAUUAGCAUUAAUCUUUGCCGAUACUCCUGCACUACUAGGUCCAAAAAUGUUAACAUUAUUUGUCGGUUUGAGUCUGGCACGUGAUGAAAUCAUCUGGUUACUUCGUCAUAGCGAAAAUUUUCCAGUUAAAUUACAAAAAGAAAAAAAAACAACAUCAACUGGUACAUCGAAUAGAGAUGAUUAUAAUGAUCGAACAUUUCCAGAAUUUUUAUUCUAUAUUGAAGAAUUACGUUCUCUAAUCGUGACUUAUUCAUCUGUAAUCAAACAAUAUUACAUUGAAUGUUUAUCAAAAUUGGAUCCCAUUGAUUUAAAUAAUAUUAUAUCCAAUUUAAAUGUGACAUGUACCGAAGAUGAAUCAAUUUUAUUGUCAUCAUUCUAUAAUACAAUAAGUACAUUAUCAAAUCGUGUUGGAACUACUGAUAGUAGUAAUGCGGUGACAGCGGAUACAAUUGAUCUUCGUGCACUACGUCUUGAUUGGUUUCGUAUGCAAGCGUAUAUUAGUUUAACAAAAAAAACAUCAUCGACUAUGACCAUUAUUCAAAAUGAACGUUUAGCACAAACAAUGAACACAAUUAUAUUUCAUUCGAAAUGUGUUGAUGAUAUUGACGCAUUACUAUUUGAAACAAGUGAUUUAUCAAUAUUUUACUUUUAUUUAACACAAUUUGAUCAACUAUUUUCAUCAUGUAUUUAUUAUCCAUCACAAAUACGAUAUGCUAUUGCAUUUCCGUUAGUUUGUCAACAUUUUAUUAAUGCUACACAUGAAUUAUGUCCCGAAGAACGACAACAAAUUGGUGAUCUAAGUUUGAAAAGUACACACGCAUUCAUUGAUGAAAUAUGUAAACAAAUUAAAAGUACUGUGUCCGAAAUAGCCAAUGAAUAUUUUAUAAUGAAUGAACGAUUGUUACCAAAAAAUGCUGUUAUUUCACGAUUGAAAAAGAAAGCAUUAGAAUCGUCGAAUAAGAAACAAACAUCAAAACAAGAAGUGGCUAUUGUACAAAGUUCAAUAGUAAUGCUUCCAGGUGAUGAAUCUCGUCGUUCAAAUCGUCGUGACAUGACAAAAGUUGAUAAAUUAAUUAUGGUUUUAAAUGAACUUUGUUUUACAAUAUCCUAUCGAAAACAUAUUAUUAUUUGGGAACAUAAAUUUCUACCCACCGAAUAUUUAACAUCUCAUUUAGAAAAUCGAUUUAAUAAAUCCUUAUCAGAAAUGGUUAAUUAUCAUCCACCACAAAUGGAAAUAUCAAAACCAUCUGAAUUAUUAUCAUCUGUAGAAUCUUAUAUGGAUAUAUUAACAUUAGUUGAAUCUCAUUGUCAAAUUGAUACAAUUCGAAUAUUUAAUGAAGUAUUACUACAACAGAGUCAACCAUUGGACAGUGCUGGUAGUGAGACAAUAACAUCACUUUAUACACAUUGGUUUCUGGAAGUGUUAAUUAAACGUAUAACAAUGGGACAUAUUGUUUAUUCACCAAUAAGAAAAUCAUUUGUUAGUAUAUAUCAACAAGAUUUAACGAUACCAUUCGAUCCAGAAGAAUAUGCCUCAUACAAUGAAUUAAGAGCAUUAGUCGAAUUAAUUAAACCAUAUGGUUGUAAAUAUUUAUGUGAAAUGAUUUUAUAUCGUUGUGUUCAACAAAUAAAUGAGAUUCGAAAAUUAACUCAUCAACAACGUGAUCUAUUAAAUAAUUUACGUAUCAAUUUUGAUAAACCAAAUCAAAUGAAAUUAUAUUUAAAACAAUUGGAAAAUGUUGAUUUAUUAUUACAACGUGUUAUUUUAAUUGGUGUUUUAUUACAAUUAAAAACGUUGAUUGAAGAAUCAUUGAAUGAUGUAUUAAAACGACGAAUGCCAUUUUUGAUGUCAACAUUAGAACAUUUUUAUCAACAAUAUAAAACAACAUUUUUUAAUAAUAGUAAUCGAACUAAUAGUCAACAACAACAACAUGAUUUACUUAUUAAUGAAAUGUUUUCAUCUACUGGUUCUCCAACAAUCAUUGAUUCAACACUUUGUCAAGCUUUAAUAAAUCAAAAACAAUCAACUACAUCAAUCGUCAAUGUUGAAUCCGAUGAUUAUGUAUUAUCGUGUUUAAUUAUUGUUUAUAUUGCUGUGGCAAUACCACGUCUAGCCAAAUUAGAAAGUACAAAGUAUAUUCCGGCAUUAAAUGCACAUACAAAUAAUUCACAUUGUAUAACAAAAGCAAUUAAUACGUUAAUAGUCACAUUUUUCUUAGAAUAUGGUCAAACAAAUAUUGAAGAAAGAUGUAAAGAAUUUCUUGCACUAGCAUCAUGUAGUCUCUUAAGAUUGAUUGAUGUUAAUUGUUCGAUUACCAGUAAUAAUCAUCAUCAUCGAAAUAGUUCGUCAACGACAAACAAUGGUGAUAUUAUCCAUAAAGAAGCAACAUAUAUAUUAUUAGAUCAAUUUGUUAAUGAAUGUCCAUAUCUGGAAAUGUCUCUUCUUGAAACAUGUUUUCCUCAAUCAGUUUUAAGAGGUGCUUAUUUUACAAUCUCAAAAACUGAAUAA